GCACAAUCUUUUCAUUUUCUGACCACGGGCCCAGGCAGUGGACUUCGUGCGAUCUCAAGAGACACACUUCAAUCCCACGCCCGACCACUUCGAGAUCAACAACCACACCCAGUCAACCCCCUUGCAAACCACAUCUGCAACAAUGUCGACUGCCGAGCUCGCCGCUUCCUACGCCGCCCUCAUCCUCGCGGAUGAGGCUGUUGAGAUCACUGCCGACAAGCUCGACACUCUCAUCAAGGCCGCUAAGGUCGCUGACAUUGAGCCCAUCUGGACACAACUGUUCGCCAAGGCCCUCGAGGGCAAGGAUGUGAAGGACCUGCUGUCCAACGUCGGCUCUGGUGGCGGUGCCCCCGCUGCUGGCGGUGCUGCCGCCGCUGCCGGUGGUGAGGCCGCUGCUGCUCCCGAGGAGGAGAAGGAGCCCGAGGCUGCCGAGGAGUCCGACGACGACAUGGGAUUCGGUCUUUUCGACUAAAUUUGUGCAACAGCAAAUCAAAUCAAAAAGAAAUUCCCAAUCCUUUUUUUAUCCAACGACGGCUACGACUCUCCACACGACGAGGGAAAAUGGGAAAAGAGAAGGAGCGAGGGAACAACGCACAUCAACCCGACUGCCUUCUUUCCCUUUGUUCUGGGCAACCAAUCUCUCCAAAACAAAAAAACUUAUGCAUGGUCUCUGGGGUUACUGCACUUUUGCAACAUCGAUUCACCUUACGAGGUGCGGCGUGAAGGAGGGCAAAUCAGGGUUUUGCCUUGGUGGGCAAAUACUUCGUUUUCGCAUAGGUUAAAUACAAGACGAUGCGUUUCGAUAAAGAA